AAAACCCAGCAUCCUGCUUUCAUUCCCUCAGUAUGCAACAUGAAUGUUUACUGUCAACCUGGCAACAGGUGCCGGUUUAGUAGUAGUUAACGUUAGUUUAGUCUAUACAUAUUAACAAUGAACAAUAGAAUUGCAAUAGUUAAUUUCUUAAAACAAAUAUCAACACCAACAGCCAUACUAUUAUAGACCUUAACCAGGUCCUAUCACUUAAUUUCUUACAACCUUGUCGCCGAGUAUUUGGGGAAAUAAAACUGCUCAUAGAGACUGCAUGCUCUUACUUUGAAAAGUGGAAACGGCGUCCUCAGUAGGCGAUCACGUGUUUUCCGAAAGUGGCUGGCCGAGUGAUACAAGUCAAUUUUCGUUCAGUCUGGCAGGAAGUUUGGCUCAAACUCAUUGUGUGUAAAAUGCAAAUCCAUCCACAAAGGCUUUUUCACUUUAAAAAUUAAAAAUUGGUUCUUAAAUUUAGCUUUUCACUCCCCGUAUCAUCUCUUCACCUAUCCCUGCUUCCUCUCGUGGUCCUAUGGUAAUUGUGUAUGAUAUAUUUUGAUUUUUGGCUAUACUCUCCGCCUUUUUUUUGUGCUAAACUUAGAAUUUGAAUGAAUACGAUAUUCAGCAAAUUCCGGUCAAAAUGUAAAUCCAAAAGUUACAAUUUCGGAAGUAGGAGCUUACGGAGAGGAAGUGAAGGCGGAGUCGUGAUUGACAAUUUGACGGUUAAUUGUAGUUCGGGAAGAAGCAGCCAGGUGGGUGACAAUUUAAAAAUGUCUGACUGGGAAGAGGAGUACAACGAGGACGGCACCGCUAUCCAGAACCCUGCCACUAAAUAUGUUCCGGUUGAAUGGAAAUCACCGUGUGAUGACCGUCAACAGGGGAAUAUAUCUUUUGGUGUAAGAAGUGGAACCAGAUUUGGGGCUUCAGGAGAGGGGAGAGCCGAUCGUAACGGCCAGUACAAAAGUCGGAGAGGUGGAGGCCAAGGCCGUGCGUUAUCCCCGGGCUCAGAUCGCGGAGGCCCGGGACGACGGCCCUUUCGUGAUGAAAUGUCAGACUCUUCCCCGCCUGUAAUUAUCACCGUGGAAAAUGCUUCAGUUGGGAGGGUAAUAGGUCGUGGAGGAGCCAAAAUUCGUGAACUUGAAGAGAGCACAGGUGCGAGAAUCAAGAUAAACAAAGGAGACUAUGAAGGCGAGGUGGUCAUCUUUGGGUCCUCUGCUGCCCAGCAGAAGGCCAAGGAGAUGAUCAAAGACUUGGUGGCAGAUGGCAGCUCUCGAUUUCACAAUGGUCCUGGAAGGGCGAGAGAGUAUGGAGGAGUCGGUGAUGGAGGAAGCAAUGGCUCUGUCUGGUCUGCUUCAGCAAUACAGGCUGCCAAUGCCGCCCCAGCCCGCAUAUCCAUAGACUGGAACAGCAUCCGGGAGAACAAGGACAAGUAUGAAGAGCUCAAGUGGAAGGACCUCCCACCCUUGAAGAAGAAGUUUUACAUUGAGGCAGAGUGUGUAUCCAUGCUCACAGCAGAGGAAGUCAGUGAAUGGAGGAAGGAGAAUAACAAUAUCUUUGUGGACGACCUGAAGGAGGAAGGGGAGAAGCGGCCCAUCCCCAAUCCCUGUCGCACUUUCCUGGAGGCCUUUGAGCUUUAUCCAGAGAUCAUGGAAAAUAUUGAACGUGUUGGCUUUGUCAAACCAACCCCCAUCCAGUCUCAGGCAUGGCCAGUGUUGCUGAGCGGGGAGGACCUGAUAGCCAUCGCUCAGACGGGAACAGGGAAAACCCUGGCCUACCUGCUGCCAGGGUUCAUCCACAUGGACGGACAGCCUGUACCCAGGGCUAAGCGCAGUGGUCCGGGCAUGUUGGUGCUGACUCCCACCAGAGAGCUGGCCCUGCAGAUUGAAACUGAGUGCAACAAGUACCGUUAUAAGGGCUACAAAAGUGUCUGCAUCUAUGGCGGAGGGGAUAGGAGAGGCCAGAUCAACCUGGUGAAGGGCGGGGUGGACAUAGUGAUCGCCACACCAGGCCGACUCAAUGAUCUACAGAUGAACGAGCUCAUCAGUCUUCGCUCCAUCACCUACUUGGUGCUGGACGAGGCUGAUCGUAUGCUAGAUAUGGGCUUUGAACCUCAGAUUAUGAAGAUUCUUUUGGACAUCCGCCCAGACCGACAGACUGUCAUGACUAGUGCCACCUGGCCCACUGGGGUGAGACGAUUGGCCAAAUCCUACCUAAAGAAUCCCAUGAUGGUUUAUGUGGGCACCCUGGAUUUGGCAGCAGUUAACACAGUGCAGCAAACAGUGCUGAUCGUCCAUGAAGAUGAGAAAAAGUCCUACGUGUUUGACUUCAUCAGAAACAUGCUGCCCCAGGAUAAAGUCCUCAUCUUUGUUGGCAAGAAGCUUGUGGCUGAUGACCUGUCCAGUGACAUGUGUCUGCAGGGUCUGUCUGUGCAAAGUCUCCAUGGUGACCGCGAGCAGUGUGACCGUGAGGAAGCCCUCAAGGACUUUAAAGAGAGUCGAGUUCGCAUCCUGGUCGCCACAGACCUAGCAUCUCGAGGGUUGGAUGUCCAUGACAUAACACAUGUCUUUAACUAUGACUUCCCCCGUAACAUAGAGGAGUACGUUCAUCGUGUGGGCCGCACUGGCCGAGCUGGACGUUCAGGUGCAGCUGUUACCCUGGUAACAAGAGAGAACUGGAGGAUGGCCCCUGAACUGAUUCCCAUCUUGGAGCGAGCAGGACAGGACGUUCCUGAGGAGCUGGUGCUCAUGGCAGAGAGAUAUGAGAAACACAAGAGGGAGAAGGAUAUGUACAACCCACGGGGAGGACCAGGACAAGGAGGGGGGGCUGGAGGGGGAGGGGGGUGGGGAAAAAGAGAGGGGGGAGGGGGGUGGGGAAAGAGAGAGGGUGGAGGUAGAGGAGGUAGAGGAGGCAGGGAUCGAAACCAGGACUGGGGAUUCUGAUGCAUGACUGUUCAUGUAAGUCCACACAUUCCACUGUGUUUCCGACACAGGUCCACAAACAGAUUUAUUUUAUCUGUAUAAAUCUACAGAUAUAAACUUAAAUGUCCCCACUUUUUGACAUAAGUUUGUUUAACAUAGAAAGUAUUGAAAUAGGUUUGUCUCUGGUAUUCUAACUGAACUAAUGUUAAAUUUCUUGCACUUUGUUUUUUUUUUUUUUUUUUAUUCUCAACAUGAUGGAGCAGGAUCUGAAACUGCCUGUGUUGUAUUUUGUCUUGAUUGUAUGUUUCAUUUUCUUGUUUUAUUUGACUUUCUUUAAUUUGAAAAUAUGUUUGUUUGUUUGUCUUUUGCUGGAUUAGUAUCCAUUAUCAUUUAGAGCCAGUUACACCUCAUUAUGUUCUCCUCCUGUUUGAAAAAUGUUUAAAAUGCACAUUUUUUUUACAUUUUUUUUCUGUUUGUAAUUCACCAACCACAGGAGUGUUUCAUAUCACUCUGAAUAUGUUGUUACAUCAUUUUUUCGAUUUGAGCAGAAAGAAAUCUGUUUAAUAAAUUCUCCUUUG